GCAACAUAUUUUACUUCCUCCUCGUCGCCGGCCUGCAACCACUCACUCGAUACAGAUACCUACAUCACGUUGCACCACAAUCGUAGUAACUUCUGCGGUAACUAGAGCGCUACAGAUCGAAUUAAACAAUAUUACAGCCAUGUCUUCCGCCAAACGGAGAAAGUUGUCGCCUCCCCCCGGCGACCACGAUACCGAGUCUGCCACUGCCCCCCCGCCAUCAUUAGAGCAACCCGAUGACGAGUCGCCGGAUUCCGCGACUAUCGAAGGUUCUACCGCCGAGUCUUCCCAGAAGGCUCCGAAGACGUUCAAGGAACUCGGCAUCGUCGACCCUCUAGUUGAGGCCUGCCACUCGCUCGGUUAUAAGACGCCCACUCCCAUACAGGCUCAAUCUAUCCCCCUCGCCCUUCAGAAUCGGGACCUUAUCGGUCUGGCCGAAACCGGUAGCGGGAAGACGGCUGCCUUCGUCCUGCCCAUACUUCAAGCCUUGUUGGAAAAGCCCUCGCCCUUCUUCGGCCUGAUACUCGCGCCGACCCGCGAACUGGCUACCCAGAUCGGCCAGGCGGUCGAGGCCCUCGGGGCCACGAUAUCGGUACGAUGCGCCGUCAUCGUUGGCGGCCUGGACAUGGUCCCUCAAUCGAUCGCUCUGUCGAAGCGACCUCACAUCGUCGUUGCCACGCCGGGGCGACUGUUGGACCACCUCGAGAAGACGAAGGGGUUCAAGCUAUCGAAUACCAAGUACCUGGUGAUUGACGAGGCCGAUAGGCUCUUGGAUAUGGACUUCGGCCCCAUAUUCGACAAGUUGCUCAAGUUCCUCCCGAGGGAGCGGCGUACAUUCCUCUUUAGCGCCACCAUGUCGUCCAAGGUCGAGAGCUUGCAGAGGGCUAGCUUACGAGACCCUCUUCGCGUCACCAUCAGCUCCAGCAAGUACCAGACGGUCUCGACCCUGAAACAAUACUACAUCUUCAUUCCUUACAUGCACAAGGACACAUACUUGAUCUUCCUGGUGGCGAGCGAGUUCGUCGGGCGAUCUACUAUCAUAUUCACCCGAACCGUCUACGAAGCCCAGAGGGUCGCCAUCUUACUACGGUUCUUGGGCUUUGGAGCCAUACCUCUCCACGGCCAACUGUCGCAGUCGGCUCGCUUGGGGGCCCUGAACAAGUUCAAGGCUGGGUCGCGUAGCAUCCUAGUGGCGACUGAUGUCGCUGCGAGAGGUCUAGAUAUACCCAAAGUGGACGUCGUCAUCAAUUACGACAUGCCCAGGGACAGCAAGACAUACGUACACCGGGUCGGGCGGACAGCGCGUGCGGGCAACGCCGGACAGGCAAUCAACAUCGUCAACCAGUACGACCUUGAGGUCUACCAGCGGAUCGAGGCGGCGCUCGGCAAGAAGCUAGAGGCGUACGAGGCGAGCCGGGACGAGGUGAUGGUGUUCAAGCCGCGGGUCGAGGAGGCUCAGCAGCACGCGCGCCACGAGAUGAAGCAGCUGCUCGACGACCGCGGCAAGAAGGGUGCGGUGCUGAAGGGUCGCCACGAAGCCAGGGACAAGAAGCGGCGGCGCGACGACGCCAUGGACGCCGAGGAAGGGUGAUUUGUUGACGAUGACGGUAGCAGGUGGAGGGGAACGAGCGUGGGGGAAUGGAAUGAAAGCAGGCAGAUAUCCGUAACUGUGGAAGUGAAUGGCAUUUCGACGUGCUACAAUGUUUCCCAUAGCGUCGCAGACCUCUCUCCCUAUUCGUUACCCUCGCGUACGCCA